UGCCUCUACUUGUGAAAAUGGGAAACAAGCAGCUUGGUGUGCAGUACAGUAGGUAAUGAACGAAGGAAAAUAUUCCCCUGAUGACUACUGUUUCUCUAUGGAUGUGCUGUUAAUAUGAAGUGAUAUCGAUAUUUAGUAAAUAUUUAAAUCUCCUAUCCAACUUUUGUUACAAUGGACUCAGAAGAUGAUGAUUUUUUUUACGACGAAGACGAGGAGGCCUCCGAUGAGCUAGAUGACGAUUACCUUGGCGAUGAUAUUGAUUCCUCGGAACCGGCUGCAAAAAGAUCUUAUGAUGACGAUUUUCAGUAUGAAUGUCUAACUCCUGAGUCUAUUGUUUCAACUAUGAACAGAAGCAUUGAUGACGUUAACAACGUUUUUCAGAUAUCUCCAGCAACAGCAAGGAUACUCCUCACACAUUUCAAAUGGGACAAGGAGAAACUGCUUGAAAGAUAUUAUAGUGGUGAUCAGGAGAAGCUUUUUGAAGAGGCACAUGUCAUAAACCCACUUAAGUUGAGAGGGAAUUCAACCAAUAAGUUGACGGUUAGUGGCAGUGGACGUUUGAAUUCUAAAAUCGACUGUGAUAUUUGCCUGUCUCCAGUAUUGCAAAACUCAAUGGCAGGUUUAGAGUGUGGCCAUAUGUUCUGCACGCUCUGUUGGAACGAGUACCUUAAUACAAAAAUUCUUGAAGAGAACAUAGGACAGCACAUAUUUUGCCCUGCAACAAACUGUAGCAUUCUAGUCGAUGAGAACUUUGUUAGCUCUGUUCUACAAGAUAUUCGAGUUAAAUCGAAGUAUCUCAAACUAAUUGCUGAUAGCUUUGUCCAAAGCCAUAGGUUGAUGCGCUGGUGCCCGGCACCCGACUGUACAAAUGCUGUUAAAGUUUCCUACAACGUAGCUAGAACGGUCAAUUGCUUGUGUUCAUUCUCAUUUUGUUUUGGUUGCGGUGAGUCAACUCAUGAACCAGUCAAAUGCAAGUGGUUACGAAAAUGGCAAAAGAAAUGUGACGAUGAUAGUGAAACUUCCAACUGGAUAUCAGCCAAUACGAAAGAGUGCCCGAAAUGCCACGUGACAAUCGAAAAGAAUGGCGGUUGCAAUCAUAUGGUUUGCAGGAAUUCUGCUUGCAAGUGUGAUUUCUGCUGGGUAUGUUUAGGCCCUUGGGAUAGUCAUGGCUCAAGCUGGUACAAUUGUAAUCGAUACGAUGAAAAAGAAGCACAAGCAGCCAGGGAUGCCCAGGCUAAGUCUCGUGCGAAGUUAGAAAGAUAUUUGUUUUAUUGUAAUCGAUAUAUGAAUCACCUUCAAAGUGCAAAGUUCGAGAAAAAGUUAUAUGAAAAAAUUAGGCUGAAAAUGGACUCAAUGCAACAACAUAACAUGUCUUGGAUCGAGGUUCAGUUUCUAAAACAAGCUGUUGAUGUUUUGUGCCAGUGCAGAAAUAUGCUGAAAUAUACCUAUGUUUUUGCAUUUUAUUUGAAAAAGAAUAAUCAUUCAAUAAUAUUUGAGGACAACCAAAGAGAUCUCGAAAUGGCCACUGAGGUGCUAUCAGAGUACUUAGAGAGAGAUAUAAAUUCAGAAGAAGCGCAAGAGAUUAAGCAGAAAGUGCAAGACAAAUAUAGAUACUGUGAACAGAGACGCAAAGUUCUGCUAGAUCAUGUGUAUGAAGGAUACGAGAGAGACUUUUGGGAAUACCACGAACCCUAAAACUUGCAUGAAGAGUUCUUUGAAUGGCAGUGAUCGUCUGAUGCUUUGUAAACAUCAUUGAAGCAGAAGCUUGAAAACAGAUUUGUAAACUGAAGCAGGAGGCAAAUACAUAAUUCUAAAAUACAUUUCAGCAUAUUUGCUUUAUUAUCUAAAUUAUUGAGCAUCUUUUCGACAUAACUGCCGCACGCAUGAAGGGCAAUGAUUGUUUUAAAAAAGAAAAAUAAUCUUAAGAAGGGCAUCAGCUACAUGAGUUCUUUCUCGUUGCUUAGUAAAUACCUAGUGUAAUGAAUUUAGUGGUGUUAUGCAUCCUGUGAAUUUAGAUGAGAUGAUUUGACAUUUCAAAUUAAACAGUAGUUUUGUAUUAAAAUCACAAUAAUGAAUGUGAUAAUCGCGUGUGCUCAAAUGGCUCUGUAACUUCUCAGUGGUCCUGUUUGUUAGCGUUGUGUCAAUGGCCAAUCCCAUUUCGUCUUUAGUUUCAUUUUUCAAGUGUGACUGCGAAAGGAUGAGGGACUGUCGCAAUCGUACCGUAAGAAAGGUACUCCAAGCAACUAAAUUCAUGAAAAUAGUGUGAACAGUCCCCGUUUCUAAGACAAAGCUGCACCAAAUACAGAGUGAUGAAUCUCAUCAUUGUGGAAGACUGCCAAUUUUCUUAUAGUACUUUAACAAAAGGAAUUUUUCAACACGAAAAAUUUGGUUUGUUAAAAGAAUCAAAACCAUAAGCGUUUUGACAUUUUGGUAAUUCACACAGGUUUUGAGCUCAUUUGCAAAUGCAAUGAGAAUUUUCCUCUGGAUUUUCAUCUUUUAUGUUUAGAAUAAAAUCGCUUGCUUUUCGUUCCAGAGCUCAAUUGAUCGAUCAAUUCCAUCUUGAAAAUUUUUAUCGACACUUUAAUUUGGUUGUCGUCUCUUUCUUGAGGUCAAUUUAAAGCAGGCUUAGCGUCCUUUUCUUCCUUAUUUUAGCUUGGGGAGUCCUGUUUUCUCAGUUAUACAAUAUAGCUUGACGUCUGUCAUACAUAUGACAGCCUAGAUGGCCGUAAGGAAAUAUUAACAUACUUUUCCAUACACGUUCAGGCUUCUAUAAUCUAGGCUGAGACUUUAUCUUUUGAUUUAUCGAAUAAUUAUUUGGCUGAAAGAACCGUCUUUUUCAUCAUUCCUUCGGGCUAAUCAAUUAUGUCACGGAGUCAAAUUCACUUUUGUCCGCUUGAAACCCAGUCUUUUUAAUUAUGUUUGCAAAAUUUGCUCCAUUCCAAAGCUUUCUUUGCCCUCUUCAACUCCCCUUUCAGGGUCUGUAACUGGUUUCAAAAUUUCUUCAGAAUUCAAGAUAAGAUUGAAACCGACUUUUACCAAUAUUUUUAUCACUUUGCCACUGAAAUAGAGAUUUAUCAAAUUAAUAACAAUAAGUACAAUGCUUUUGUUAGUACACAGCCAAAAGAACUAUUCAAAGGCAGUCACACUAUGUUUCAAGAACCAAGAAUUUUAAAAGUAAAAUAAUGUAGCUUAUUGAUUUGUCUUCUAAGCAUUGGUACCAGCAAUUUGAUAAUAGAUUUUACUUUAAAUCAUGAUCAAAUAUAUUUUAAUGUAAAAGGUGCCCAAAUUGAGCAAGCGUCCACGUUUUCGUGAUUAAAAUUACAUAUCUUUGUAUCAUAGGCGUAGAAUUGCACAUAUGACAGUGCCUUGCUAGGUCUUGAAAAAUAAAUUCGAUUUUUCUCGCCAUUUGUUUCUGCUAAAAGAAUUUGACUCUAGAGCAAGAAGUUUCAGUGGGGAUUGUACACUCUAUGGGAUUGUAGUCGAAGAAACGUCUCCUGGCCUCUUUUGAUAAACCUAGCCUCAGUUUCAUCUCUAUUUUCACUCGAGCCUGGCGGGAAUAUUAUGAACCUAAGCUGUUCAGCUGUUAUAUAAACAUCUAUCCUAAACAUUGCAGAUGAACAAAAUAUUUUAGCACCUACGCCUUGUUCCAGAUAGCAAGAUCGAGGCUUGAAAAAUCUUUUAUGUAGAGAGUAUGACGCAACGUAACAGAAGUAUAAAAUGACAAAAUUGUAGGAAACAAAUGCAACUUUGUUUUCGGGAAUCUCCACAGCCACGUGUUUUUGCUGGAAGGUAUGUAGGCCACACAUUUUUCAAAAUCUAGCUCCGUUUUUAAACAAAGCAGACAAGCCCAUGUUGCGCGCAGACGUUUCAGCAAUUUUUCUUUUCAAGUUUUUGCUAAGCAGCGAAAUUUUUUUUAUCACCAGACACCAUCUUAAGUCCUAAAUGGAUAUAAGAGACCCCCAAUAAGCAAUUCUCCUUCCGUCAGUAUUAGCUUGACUCAAAUUGUCAUGGCAAUCCAAUGAUGUCGACGAAAAACGCCAUUAAAAAAUUUAGAGACAAAAUUAUCGGGGUUUCAAACAGCAAGUAUUCUCUUGAUCCUGGGUGACUUUGCCACCCUAUACCACCCCUUGGCUACGGGCCUGAAAAAAGAAACUUCGAAAAAUCCUUUCCAUACUUGAUAAAAAAGAUAACGCAUUUGUCAUUGCCACACUAUUUUGUGUACAAAUCAUUCGUUCAACAUCCAGUUUGUACCGCAUACUCAUACAUAUACAAAAGUAAGUAGCAUGCUGAUACAUUGCACAAGGGUGGGAGAGUAACUAACUUUUUGUAUAUUUUUGGAAUAUGCUGCAGUAUGUAAUUGAGGUUAUCGAAUUUUUUAUAUUUUGUUUGGUUGUAAGCCAACAGAAAGGGAUAAGUUUGUUUAUUUUUUAUUGUCAUUCCUUGAUUAUGGCAUCUUUUUCUAUUUUCUUAUUUUUUGUAAGUCUGUCCAGUGUCCCGUGGGUUUUUAUACACUGAAAAUCUUCCUGUAUAUUGUUUAUUUACAUUUCAUUGAUGAAUAAAAGAUG